AUGAACUCUUCUUAUUUAUGGAAGCAUUGUAAAGUGCUAGAGCUGACCAAAAACAUAAGGCGUUUCUCAGAAACAGAUGUGCGUGUAGCAGAGGAUAUCACGGAAUUUUCUAAAUGGAUUUUGGAUUUAGGAGAUGGGAAGAUUAAUGAGCCUAAUAAUGGAGAAUGCAUUAUUGAAAUUCCAAAAGAUCUGUUGAUUACAAAGUCCAAAGAUCCGAUCGAGUCUAUUGUUUCAGAGGUGUAUGGUGAAACCUUCAAAGAUUCUAAAGAUCCUACAUUUUUCCAAGAAAGAGCUAUUUUGUGUCCUACAAACGAAAAUGUUGAUGUGGUCAACAACUAUAUUUUCCACUAUCUAUGUAGACUUAGUUGUUUUAAUUUAAAUUCAACUACCAAGCUUUUGUUUAUCAAUGUAGGGGAGGAAAGGAUUUAUCUAAGCUCUGAUAGCAUUGAUCCGUCUGAUUUUAAUUCCAGAGAUGAUUCGAUAUUCUCUCCUGAAUUUCUAAAUAGUAUCAAGUCAUCUGGAUUACCUUCUCAUGCACUUCGGCUGAAGGUUGGGACUCCGGUAAUGAUUCUAAGAUAUCUCGAACCUAAUGAAGGUUUAUGCAAUGGGACAAGGCUGCAAAUAACUCAUUUGGGUAAUCAUAUUGUCCAAGCAAAAGUCAUAACAGGAACUAAAGUUGGUCAGAGAGUAUUCUUGCAUCGCGUGUUGCUUACACCAACAGACACUAGGCUUCCUUUCAAGAUGAGGCGUAGGCAAUUUCCAUUGAAAGUUGCUUUUGCUAUGACCAUUAACAAGAGCCAGGGCCAAUCGCUAGAAAGAGUUGGUUUAUUUCUAUCUAGACCAGUUUUUUCACAUGGACAACUAUAUGUGGCUUUCUCGCGAGUAAAAUCAAGAAAAGGUUUGAAGAUUCUUAUUACUGACAAUGAUGGAAAACCUGAGGAGUCAACAAUGAAUGUUGUAUACAAGGAAGUUUUCCAGAAUUUGUUAUCUAGCAAAUUCACUCAGGAGAGUCAUUGAUGGUUUGUUCCUCUAGACUAUUGGUUUUUACAAUGUUUAAAGUAAAUUUCUGGUUUUUGUAAUUUGUUUUGUUAUUUAGUGAAGGUGGUUAAGAUACUCAGAUCGUACUGUUAGAGUCUACACAGGAGCCAGUGAUGAAAUAAGGUACUUACUUUUUCAGUUUUACUAUACUGAAAACAUGAACCUUAUUUUAUGUCUAACGAAAUCUAUUUUAUUCAUCAUUAUAGUUUAUAUAAAACGAACAUUUGUCAAAAGGUAUAAAACACCUGUUUGUAAAUCUGUACGACACUUAACAAAAUAUUAUAUUUUCACCAUUUUGCAGGGGCUAUGAGCAUGAAAUCAUUUAGAAGAACUACCAUGGCAUGUAUACUGUUCCAAGCCUAACCAGUCUAUCAAACAGUUUUAAUAAUAUACCUAAAAACAUGCUGUUAUUCUACUUAAUUCUUAAGAACUGACCUUAUUGGUAUUUUGUGGAGAUGUCAUUCCCAGGCAGCAGUUUCUUUAAAGUCUUCGGAUAUGUCUUCUCCAUAUGUCUUCUCCCCUUACUAUUUUAUAAGAUUACAAAGACCCGUUCUGUUAAAGAACUGUUUUACAAGGGCUGUGUGCUUAUAUAUUAUAGGGCCUUCUUUAAGUAUAGACGUACCUCACAGCUCCAUCCCUUUAGUUUGAGUUCAUAAAGCCAAACU